GUUCCUCCGCGUUAUUUUCGGUGGCCUGGCGGCUCAUUAUUGGAGCCAAUUUAUAACAGGCCGCCAUUUCUCCACGGUCUCUUUAGGAUUGGUCAAGAUCGAUUCACUUGAUAAUAUCGCCUUGCUCCCAGAAUCUCACCAGUUGGUCUUCGUGUUAGACAGCCAUCUGCCAACACCACAUUCCAGGAAUCUCGUAUCAUAUCCGAGUCAUCCAUCUGUACAUAUAUCAACAACAUCACUUUUUGCAUCUGUUCGCCACUUCAUCAGGACUCAUGACUGAAUACGAUUAUUCACCCGCAGCAUGGGAGCAUUAUCUCGCUCAACAAGCUCGGGUUUCAAACUGGGUAUCCCAGACAACUGCUCAAGCUCAUUCUUACUCCAAUCCAUUCGUCAUGUCGCCCACAUUGCGCGACCGCUCGUUCUAUGAUGAUGAGCUAAAUGGAAGAUGGCAGCGCCCCGCGCCCAGCCGCUCGAAAACUUACAAUAUACCUCCUACAAGACAAGAGGAUCCAUAUAGGCACACCUCUUCUCGCUCGCGUUUAGGUUCUCACUCGCAGCCUGUUGAAGUAUGGUCAUACCCCCACUCCAGUCGUACCACCAUACAAACCACAUCACAUUCUCGUACUAGCCCAACACGCAAGCCACCAUCACGCUCGCAAACUAUACAAGCCAUCUAUCCGCCAGCUGCGGCCCCCACACACCAGUAUGAACGCACCCAGCCCUAUCCUUAUCCGCAGAAGCAAUCGCAGCCCGUGAGGCAACACACUUCUCCGGCCUAUUAUUACCCGGAGCAGUCCCACGGACACGGAUCUCACCAGCGGACGAUGUACCACUCACCUUCGCGGCCAACGCAGUCGUACCAUCACGCCCCUAGCGGUCGUUUGGAGUAUCACUAUGGGGCACCAGCUCAGAAGAAGCCUCAGCCCCUCUUUAAGCGCUUGUUAGGGUUCAUGUCACCUGGUGCAGGUAAUGGAAGGGGCGGACCGGCAAAGCACCGUAGCUCGGGGAGACGCUCGUCAUAUUGAAGACCGAGCCAAUGUUGGAGCCCUGUCGCAUAUCAUGUUCAUCAUAGAGUCGCUGGGCUUCUCUGGAGUCCGAGACCAGCAUACAUUUUAUAUUUUAUUAAAUUUGGGCGCCGGCGCCUUGUUAACAUUCCUUAUAUUUCGCAAACGAUUCACAUUCAUCGUACAUUCUAAACAUCACACUCAUUCUGUACAUUUACGCAUUGUAAUGAUUUGACGCACUUGAUGCCCCACUGUAGACAUAGCUAGCACAAUAUUCAUGUUUGGAAGCUGCGAGCGCCGAGGAGGAUCGCAAGUCUCGUGUGUCAAGAGUGCAUGAUCGCAAUGAUCACCAGCACCUCCAGUACCUGAGCCCGGUCUUCUUCCCUCUCUGGCGUAGUUACAUGUCAAAGAUUCUG